AUGGGAAAGGUCCUUUUUGAAGAUGAAUGGUGCAAAAUCACACCUGAUCAUCUCGUGAUCAAAUGUUACUACUUCCCUAUAGGAAGGAGAAAGAAAAUUGACUCGACAACAAUCAGAGGAGUGUACUAUGUUGCGCAAGAUCUUGCUGACCAAUGGUAUAAAGUCAAAGGAUGGGGAAUGGCCAUAACUCCGUGUUGGUGGGCGUGUGAUACACUCAGGUGCUGUCAUGGCUCUUCUAACACAUAUUACAAUGUCGUCAUAGACUGCGGAGAACAAACCUACAAAGGAUUCACCGUUAUCAAAAUUUCGGAGUUUCUUCGGCAGCUCAAGCUGGUGGCACCGCAUGCGCUUUAUCUAAAUGAGUUGCCUUUUUGAUUUACCGUGUCCAUUUAUCGCAUGUGCAUAGUCAUACGCAUUUAGAGCAAUAUACUUCAGUGAGGUUAUGAGAUAAUUGACUUCGCUUGUAGAAUUGGUACCUCUUCAUGCAUGAGUCUAAGAUGUCCACUGAUGUGAUGGCACUUAAUUUUUUAUUGUCGUAUAAUCACUGUGUUCAAAGUAAACCCUAUGUUGGACGAAGACGCAAAGGCAAUAUUAGCGA